GUGUUUUUUUUUUUUUUUUUUUUUCUUUUUUUUUUUUCAGAAGUUGUCUACCGAUCGAUUGAAUUCGGACAUAGACUGCUUGUUUUUGUUCUUAUCUAGUAGCAUUUUUUUCGUUUCCUUGAGUUUAAAGCUGCAUUAUCAAGGCGAAACGGCGGCUUCAGUUGAUUACCUUUCUUUUCUCUGCUAUCCUAUGGAUAUUCACUGCAAAGCAGACCCGUUCUCAGCUAUGCACCGGCACGGGGGUGUAAACCAGCUGGGAGGGGUGUUUGUGAAUGGCAGACCCCUACCUGAUGUGGUGAGGCAGAGAAUUGUCGAGCUCGCCCACCAGGGAGUGAGACCUUGUGACAUCUCCAGGCAACUAAGGGUCAGCCAUGGCUGCGUUAGCAAGAUCCUUGGCAGGUACUAUGAGACAGGCAGCAUUAAACCCGGAGUUAUUGGGGGUUCUAAACCUAAAGUGGCGACCCCCAAAGUUGUGGAUAAAAUCGCAGAUUACAAACGCCAGAAUCCCACCAUGUUCGCGUGGGAGAUCAGAGACAGGCUGCUGGCAGAAGGCGUCUGUGACAAUGACACUGUCCCCAGUGUGUCAUCCAUCAACAGGAUAAUUCGGACCAAAGUUCAACAGCCUUUCCACUCUUCCCCAGAUGGAACAGGGACACCGCUCUCAACAACAGGCCACACCAUAGUACCAAGCACAGCCUCCCCGCCGGUAUCCAGUGCUUCAAAUGAUCCAGUUGGAUCUUACUCUAUCAACGGCAUUCUGGGUAUUCCACGGUCGAAUGGUGAAAAGAGGAAACGAGACGAUGAUGGUACAGAUGGUUCUGGCCCAAACAGUGAAUCUCAUGGUAGUGUGGACAGUUUACGGAAGCACCUGAGGGCAGAUGCCUUUACUCAGCAACAGCUUGAGGCUUUGGACCGGGUCUUUGAACGGCCUUCAUACCCCGACGUCUUCCCAGCCACUGAACACAUGAAACCUGAUCAGGCUAACGAGUAUUCUCUACCAGCACUGAACCCUGGGCUUGAUGACGUAAAGCCCAGUUUGUCAGCAAGCGCCAACCAAGACAUAGGCUCUAAUGUGUCACAAAGCUACCAAGUAGUGACAGAGUCCCAUUCAUCCUCCAUCUGUGUAAAGCAGGAGCCACACGAAGCGUCGCUGGCUCCUUUCACCCCCUCCUCCCUGGCAGGCUCAGGCCUUGCGGAGUUCCAGCAUUUCCAGCACACCGUGUCAAUAGACGCCUCCACCCCUUGCUACAGUGCAUAUACCCACCACAGCCCCAGCUACGGGCAGUAUGCAAGCCAACCUUUAAUAGCAGGUCGUGACAUGGCAAGUACCACCCUUCCUGGCUAUCCCCCCCACGUGCCACCGACUGGACAGGGCAGCUACCCCACCUCUACACUUGCUGGAAUGGUCCCUGGGAGUGAAUUUUCUGGGAACCCCUAUUCCCAUCCACAGUACACACCCUACAAUGAAGCCUGGCGGUUUAGCAACCCUGCAUUAUUAAUGCCGCAUCUAGGGGCUCCGCACCUCCCACUGUUGCCACUGCCUAUGACCGCCACUAGUUACCACAGAAACCAAAUGAAACUGCAGGACGAUGGGUGUGGCCUCUAUAUUGUACCAGUCUGAUUGGCAUCGGGAUGAAAGGCGACUCCAAACCAUCCGACUAUCUCUUGCAUACAGUGUGAAGGACGGACACCUAACAGUUUCACACACACACCACGCACACACACACACACACACACACACACACACACACUAUUUGACCUUUCGAACUAUAUACACCAAUCGGCAACAUUUUAAAAUUUCAAGAGACUGUGGAAGAAUAAUAAAAAAAGAUAAAACAUGGUGUACGGAGGACAAAGUAAAGACUGACAAGUGUUUAUUUUUUUUGUUUAUUUGUUCUUCUUGGAUCAAUACAUUCCUGUACUUGACUGCUCCCUCCUCUUCUUCCAAAAGGACCAGCAUUUGAAAGCAGUAUAGUUGACUCUGAAGAAGCAUUUUCUUUUCCCAGAUGCAUGGAAAAAGUGACACUUACGCUUCCUUGUUAAUGGAAAUGAGAGACUGUAUGAAGCUGUCUGCCAUUCAAGAAGAUUGCAAUAGAGUAGGCUGCAGCUUUGGUGUUCAACCACUCCCUUUGUCAAUGCAUUCAAAAACAUUCUUGGAAAAAAAAAUAUAUAUAUAUAUAUAUAUAUAUAUCUAUCUAUAUAUAUAUAUAUAUAUAUAUAUAUAUAUAUAUACACACACACAUAUAUAUAUGUUUAUGUUUGACGAUGCCAUGAGAAGAUUAAGUGGACAUGUUUCCUGUGAUACACAAUCAGAUGUAAAAAUAAAUAAAUAAAACAAACCGUGACACAUCAUGGUCUUCUACCAACCAGAAAUUAAAUAAGUAAAUAAAUAUUCUUAAAUUAAGUUUUUUUAUUAUUAUUAUUAUUAUUAUUAUUAUUAUUAUUAUUAUUAUUAUUAUGAAGGUCAAGGCAAAUGAUCUUGAAGAGAGUCCAUGCAAUAUCUGAACUUUGUUUUUACUUGUUUUUGCACUAUUAUCUUAAGGUAUGAUGGUAUAGGAUAUAAACACUCAGAGUUCACUUGCAGUAACUGCCUUUUCUGCAGCGGGGCAGUAUGGACAACCUUUAUUUACAACAACAAAACAAACCUGUGUGAAGCUUCAUUUUGUCAAUUGAUCAGAGCUGGCACUUAAGGAAGCUAUUAGAAGUUUACAAAUUCCAGAAAUAUGCCAUUAUUUUGGUUACAUUUAUAGAAACAUGCUCUGUGCAUGACUGUAGAUAGCUAUGAAGACAAACUUUUUUUUUUGUUUUUUUACACAGGCCUGUCUUGAAGCUUCUGUGACACUACCUGCCAUAUGCAGUAGCUUCAAAGCCUUAGUCCAAAUUUCUACUCCUUUUGGCAAAUAUUAGAAAUGGGGGAAAUAAAAAACAUUCUUUAAAAAAAUAAUUGUAACAAUUUGCACUUACAAAAAGUAAACAUGUAAAUGUUUUUUGUGAAGACAUCCAUAGCUAAUAGUUGAACUUGAGAGACACAGUUUGUGGACAACCAUACUUCUCUUUGAAGCCUAGGCAGUUGUGACAAACAUAACUACUUUCAUUCAAAUACAUUCAUACCACAGGCUUCAAGCCAUACCGAUGAACACUUAAGGUACCGUAUGUAAAGAUGACUGCAAGCACAGUUUUUUUCCUACCACUUUUUAAAUACAAUUUUAAGUUACACUGAAUAUGGAGACACAUUAAGGCAUUUUUUUCUAAAUGAAACUGAUACUUUGAUCUACCAGUGAAGUCCGGUCAACAAUUUGUACUGAAAAUCACAGAACGUUUUACACCAUUUAUGUAGCCAAGAAGGAAACAACAGCAACUCUAACAUUAAAAAUACUAUUUCAGUGUGAAGGAAUUGUCGACACAUACUGCUCCUAACAAAACUGGAAAGUGAAUGUACUUCUUACCACAUUUGCCAAAGACUUAGUUCUUGUUAAUAUUUUAUUUACAGUAUGUGUAUGCAUUGUAAAAGCAGUAUUAUAGUAAAAACAAACUAGUCAACACUGAAAAUGUAUGUGCUAAUAUUAUGCAGAGACAAACAUCGUCAUUGUGCAUAUUUAAACUCUGUAGACUGGAAAUGUAAACAGAAAGGUGAAUUCUAGCAAUUAUUUAAUGUUAUGUUAUUUGCAACAAAUUGCUGCUUUGUAGAAUGAUUUGUGUAUAAUGUGAAGACAAUUCUUCUCUGUAUAUAAGAUCACCUACAUCUUGACCAUUGCAGUAUCGUACUAAUUUACUGGUCCCAUCUGUAGAUAUUUCAACAAAAACAUUACAUCAUUUGUGUGACUGAAGUCUCGUAGUGCUCUUUGAAAAAAUAAAAGAAAACAAUUAAGCACAGCAUGAAUUUUGAACCUUGUGAACUGACAGUCCAAGGGUUUCAAGAUGCAGCCCAUUAUCACCUUUAAGGGUUUGCUUCAACAUUUUUUUUUUUAACAUUUGUUUCUUUUUUUACAAAACCUUUACUAAAAUCACUAUGCAAAUUAAGAAAAUGGCUUUCUUUAAUGUCUUCUUUUGCUGGGCUCUACCAAGUCACAUAUUUCCCUUUCUUUAAUUGUGAAAAAGCAGUUUCAAAUUGCUAAUAUGAACACAACACAGCAAAAAAUGCUGAUACAAGUAUUUCUAUUAUCUGAUUGGAAAGACUGUUGUCACAACUGUUGUCUGAUCAUGCUAUCCAUUCCACAUUCAUUGUGAAGUGUUACCAUGUUUUAACUGAGGUGUCAAGAGAGCCUUGGGAUUUCUUCACUGCAUUUCAGUAAAAUAAACUUAUUUUUUUGACCAUUAAAGUUAUAGUGACAAAAUCCCCCAACCUAUUUCAUUGUGGUCGUUUGCAUGCUUUUCAUACUUGCAUACCCGGUGGAAUAAAAAUUACAAAUGACUAACUUCCUGGACAAAGUCUGCAUUAAAAGCUUCUCAUGUAUUUUUUGUAUUUUUUUAUUUUUUUUGGUUGACAUUAUAUCUGAAUCAGAUGACCCUAUAAAACCCCAAACGAAUGACGAAGAGAAAACAAAAUGUCAGACUGUGCAAUGAUGCAUUGCACCCCCUUGCUCUGAAAGCAGAAAUGAUUCACAAUCAUAUUGCAUUUGGGAUCUGGAUAUAAACUGCUGUAUUUGUCACUAACUAUGAUGCAACAGUUUGGUACUUUAUCGUACCAUCUUUAACAAAAAAAAAGGAGAAGGAAAAAAUAAGACUGCACAGACGAUAAAAGAGGGAAUGGGUCUCUUCCAGUUGUAAAGAUGACACAAGGGACAUGUCAUAGAUCUAACAAACAUUUUUGAUGGUCUAUACCUAAAGCCACAUGGCUUCAAUCAUUGUUCCAGUUCUGUUCAGAUUUUUUGUGCACAUGAUAAAUAAAUUUUUGUAUGUCAA